AUGGCUGUAAGUGCUACUGCUCAGUCAGCCAAGCAGGUACAAGCUUCAGAGGAAGCAAUUAAUCAAGAAAAAUGUAUUAAUGAAGAAUAUAAAAUUUGGAAAAAAAAUUCACCUUUCUUGUAUGAUUUGAUUAUUACGAGGGCGUUGGAAUGGCCAUGUGUUUCUCUUCAAUGGUAUCCUGAUCAACAACUAUUUCCUGAACAUGGAUAUACAGAACAAAAUGUGCUGCUAGGUGUUCGUGCUGACGCUGGAAAGUAUUACCUCGCAAUUGCAGGUAUUCAACUACCUUACCUAAAUCAAAAUACAAAUCCUACUUCUAUGGAAAAAGAUGAACAAGAAAAUUCUCUUCGAGUCAAUGUUCGUGAGCUUUAUUCUCAUCCAGAGUCAAUUAGCAAGGCCACUUUAAUGCCGCAGAAGACUAGUCAUGUUGCUACGAUCGGGAAUAACCAUAAUAAUGUUUUGGUAUUUAACGAUUCAUCUUUUAGUUCUUAUAAUUCUACACAUGAGAAUCCAAUCCGACCUGCCAUGAAUCUACAAAAGCAUGACUUACCUUGCACAUCUUUAUGCUGGAAUUAUAUGAAACAGGGGCAACUCGUGUCAGGCUCUCGAGACUCCACAAUCUGCCAUUGGGACAUUGAACAUUACAAUGAAAGUAAUCCCUCUGCUGCUUUAAUGUCCCAGAUAUCUACACAUGAACAGCCCAUUAAUGAUGUUAAAUAUCACUUCAAACAUGGGGAUAUUUUCGCCUCUGUUUCUAGCGAUCAACAUCUUCAUCUUCAUGACAGUAGACGGGCAGAUUAUUCAACAACCCCAUUGAAAAGCAUUCAUGCACAUUCAUCAGACGUGAAUGCAGUUGCCUUCAAUCCUUUAAAUGAUUUCAUUAUGGCUACAUGCUCAGCGGACAAAACGAUUGCUCUUUGGGACCUCCGGAAUCUGAACAACCGCUUGUAUACACUUGAGGGACAUGAGGAUCAUGUUUCCAAUGUCAAGUUUUCUCCUCAUGAGGAGCCCGUAUUGGUUUCUACCUCUGUCGAUAGAAGAACUUUACUUUGGGAUCUCUCACGCAUUGGUGAGGAUCAAUCCGCUGAAGAAGCUCAGGAUGGACCGCCUGAACUGUUGUUCAUGCAUGGUGGGCAUACUUCAUGUACCAUUGAUAUGGAUUGGUGUCCUAAUUACAACUGGACUUUGGCUACUGCUGCUGAAGACAAUAUUCUUCAGCUUUGGACACCCUCCCGCUCAAUAUGGGGAAAUCAACAUUUGGAAGAAGAUGCACAAGCAGCUUGA